CAAAAAAGCUAAAGAAGGUGGAUUGGACGCCAUUGAAACUUACGUUUUCUGGAAUGCCCAUGAACCCAUUCGUCGUCAAUACGAUUUCUCUGCCAAUCUUGAUCUUAUUAGGUUCCUUAAAACCAUUCAAGAUCAAGGCCUUUACGCUGUUCUUCGUAUUGGCCCAUAUGUCUGCGCCGAGUGGAAUUACGGGUGUGUUUCUUUUGUUUUUUCCAAUGCUCUGUUUUUGUUGUUCUUCAUUGGAAAUUGAAUCUUAAUGUUUGAAAUUUACAGAGGAUUGCCGGUUUGGUUGCACAAUCUUCCCGGAGUUGAAAUCAGAACUUCAAAUUCUAUGUUCAUGGUAACAUUCUUUUUAAUAAUCUUCAUCCUCUGUUUUUUUUUUUGUAAACGCUUGUACUUUGUUUCUUACUUUACUUUUUGAAUAUGUAAAACAGAACGAGAUGCAGAACUUUACUACAAUGAUUGUGGAUAUGGUGAAACAAGAGAAUCUUUUUGCAUCACAAGGAGGACCUAUAAUUCUAGCUCAGAUUGAGAAUGAAUAUGGAAACAUAAUGUCGUCUUACGGCGAUGCUGGAAAAGCUUAUGUGAACUGGUGUGCAAACAUGGCGGAAUCAUUGAAUGUUGGAGUUCCAUGGAUCAUGUGCCAACAAGCUGAUGCUCCCGAGCCGAUGAUCAACACCUGCAACGGCUGGUACUGCGAUCAAUUCACUCCCAAUAGUCCUAAAAGCCCGAAAAUGUGGACGGAGAAUUGGACUGGCUGGUUCAAGAGCUGGGGUGGAAAAGACCCCCUCAGAACCGCCGAAGAUUUGGCUUUCUCCGUCGCUAGAUUCUUCCAACUCGGCGGCACUUUCCAAAACUACUACAUGUACCACGGCGGAACCAACUUCGAUCGGAUGGCUGGCGGUCCGUACAUCACUACAUCGUACGAUUACGAUGCUCCAUUGGACGAAUAUGGUAAUUUGAAUCAACCCAAAUACGGCCAUUUGAAGCAGCUUCACGACGCAUUGAAGUCAAUUGAGAAGGCUCUUGUCUCCGGCAAUGUUACCACCACUGAUUUGGGCGACUCUGUUUCAAUCACUGAAUAUGCAACCGAUGAAGGGACGAGUUGUUUCUUCAGCAAUGUGAACGUAACGACCGACACAACGGUGACUUAUCUCGGAAAGGACUUCAUCAUUCCGGCUUGGUCCGUCAGCAUUCUCCCUGAUUGUCAAGAGGAAGCUUACAACACAGCAAAGGUCAACACACAAACCUCUGUUAUGGUGAAGAAGGAAAACAAGGCCGAGGACGAACCCGAGGUUUUAGAAUGGACGUGGCGGCCGGAGAAUCUCGACGCCACUGCGAGAUUAGGCAAAGGACAUGUCUCUGCAAAUAUGCUCAUUGAUCAGAAACAAGCUGCAAAUGAUGCUAGUGAUUAUCUUUGGUACAUGACCAGUGUUCAUUUGAAGAAAAAGGAUCCCAUUUGGAGCAAUGAAAUGACUUUACGUAUCAAUGGAAGUGGACAUAUCAUCCAUGCUUUCGUCAACGGUGAACACAUUGGUUCUCAAUGGGCUUCUUAUGGAAUUUUCAACUACGUCUUUGAGAAACAAGUGAAAUUGAAGCCAGGAAAGAACAUAAUCUCUCUACUCAGCGUCACGGUCGGAUACCAGAACUACGGACCUCAAUUCGAUAUGAUCCAAUCCGGAAUCGUUGGUCCAGUUCAAAUAAUCGGCCGCCAUGGCGACGAGACAAUCAUAAAGGAUCUCUCCAACCACAAAUGGACAUAUGAAAUUGGAUUACACGGCUUUGAGAACAACUUGUUUAGUCCAGAAUCCCGUUUCGCCACAAAAUGGCAAUCGGAAAAUCUACCCAUGAAUAGAAUGAUGACAUGGUACAAAACUAGCUUUAAAGCACCGUUGGGGACCGACCCAGUUGCCUUAGACUUACAAGGGUUAGGCAAAGGAAUGGCUUGGGUGAACGGCCAUAGUCUUGGUCGAUACUGGCCAAGCUUCAUAGCCGAAGAGGGAUGCAGCGACGAGCCAUGUGACUACCGUGGCUCCUACGACAACAACAAAUGCGUAAGGAACUGCGGCAACCCGACACAACGGUGGUACCACGUUCCGAGAUCGUUCAUGAAUGAUGGGGACAACACGUUGGUUUUGUUUGAAGAAUUUGGAGGGAAUCCAUCAUUGGUGAACUUUAGAACCAUGUCAAUUGAGAAGGCUUGUGGUCAUGCUUAUGAGAAGAAGAGGUUGGAGUUGUCAUGCCAAGGAAAGGAGAUCUCAGAGAUAAAAUUUGUAAGUUAUGGUGAUCCAAUGGGUAAUUGUGGAAAUUUCUCAAAGGGAAGUUGUGAAGGGCAAAAUGAUGCUAUGAAGAUUGUUGAAGAUUUGUGUGUUGGGAAAGAAUCUUGUGUUAUUGAUGUCUCUGAAGAUACCUUUGGGGCUACUAAUUGUGCUGCUGGUCUUGUCAAAAGGCUUGCUGUUGAGGCUGUUUGUUAGGACAUACUUCUUCUUUUUAGGGUUUCAUCAGGGCAUAUUUUUUAGAUUCUUUAAUUUUUUUAAUUUUUUUUUUUUUUAGAGUUUCUGGUUUGAUGGUAUUCUUCCUUUUUAAUUUAGUUAUGAUUUCUUUUUUUUUUUUUUAUCAUUAUUAUUUAUGUUCACAUUUUUAAAUUUCACAAAUUUAUAAUAAAAAAGUUGGUCUAUAAUAUGGAUAGAUAAUCAUUUGACCUAAUUGACAUAAACUCAUAAUUAUAGACAUUUACAUAAGUUGAGGAACUUAUUAUAAUGCUUUAAGGAAAUAUGUAACACAAAAUUGAGGUAUAAUGUUUUUAAAAGCUUAAGGGGAUAUUUAAUGACACAAACUUGAAUUUGGGAACAAAAUUCAUAAACUUUUAAAAAAGCAAAAUAAAAAAAGUGUUGUGUGAUAUGAGGAAUAAAAUCAAGCUAAAAUCAGCUUUUAACAUGGUUUUUUGAUAUGUUUUUCCAAUGCUAGGAGAAUAUGCUAUGUCUCUCCUUUUUCUAGAUGAAUUGACACUAGUGGAUAUUUUUCGAUUUGUCUACAAACAUUGGAUUUGUUUCUCUCAUGUUUUUUUUUUUUUUUUUAAAUUUUAUUUUACAUCCCGACUCUGUGUAUUUGAGUGGACGACAUAAAAAUAAGGCUUUACAAUUUCUUUAAACCUACCCAUUUUUAUGUGUCCAUAACCAUAAAAAAAUUGAAUCUAACCAAACCAAAUAAAUUAAACCAUGAAGAUUAGAUCUCAUAAAUUUAAAAAAAAAAAAAUGGGGUUUUUAAAUAAAAUAAGAAGAAAAAUCCAAAAUUUUUUUCUUUUUUGACUUUACUCUAUUUAAUUAUUGUCAUAAACAAGAAAGUGGGUAAAAUAAUUUGUCACCCCACUGGUCAUUUACGUAUACAAUAAUCAAAAACCAAACUAUUAGCCGUGUCUAAGUUUCUAUAUACUUUGCUAUGGCUUUCGCCUUCUUCUUCCUCUUCCUCUUCCUCUACUAAUUUUUUUUUACCUAAAUUGCAAGAAUUCCAGUCGAAAAAAUCCCUCUGUUAAUGGGCGACUCCGACACCGUC